CGCGAGGAGGGCGCGCGGCGGAGCGGCAGCAGCGAGCACCCGGGCUCCGAGUGGACUCCGCGCCCUCGUCACCAAGGCAGCUCGGCGCACAGGGGACCUUUGCAACUCCGAAAUGCAGUCCCAACAGUACCAGCAGCAGCGUCGAAAAUUUGCAGCUGCCUUCUUGGCAUUCAUUUUCAUUUUGGCAGCUGUGGACAAUGCCGAAGCAGGGAAGAAAGAGAAACCAGAAAAAAAAAUGAAGAAGUCUGACUGUGGGGAGUGGCAGUGGAGUGUGUGCGUGCCCACCAGUGGGGACUGUGGGCUGGGCACCCGGGAGGGCACCCGGACCGGAGCUGAGUGCAAGCAAACCAUGAAGACCCAGCGAUGUAAGAUUCCCUGCAACUGGAAAAAGCAAUUUGGAGCGGAGUGCAAAUACCAGUUCCAAGCUUGGGGAGAAUGUGACCUGAAUACCGCCCUGAAGACUAGGACCGGCAGCCUGAAGCGAGCCCUGCACAACGCUGACUGCCAGAAGACCGUCACCAUCUCCAAGCCCUGUGGGAAGCUGACCAAGCCCAAGCCUCAAGAAUCUAAGAAGAAGAAAAAGGAAGGCAAGAGACAGGAGAAAAUGCUGGACUAAAAGCCGCCACCUUCCAUGGAAAAGACAUGAAAAGACCAUCAGCAAACAGGAACACUUAACUAUUGCAUUUAUACCUACUAUAGGCUUUUUAUUCCAGAAUUAUCUAUAGCUUAAGUACAUAAUAGGCAGAAACAAAAAGAAAAGAACAUUUCUGUAGUAGCAUUUUAAAAAAUGUAUACCAUAGUACCAUUAGGGUCUUAUAAUAAAGGACGGUAAUCCUAUUUAGAAAGUUGUCUUAUAGUACCUGCUAAGUGAUAGAAUGUUAAGGUAAGUUUUUUGAAAUUAUGUGAUAUUUUACAUUUAAAAUCUUUUUUUUUUUUUUACAUUUUUUUUUUUUUCUUUUGGCAACAAUUUAAAUGUCAUGAUCAUGUAAACUACUUCUCUUGUUAGGUAAUCUUUUCACUUAGAGAUUUUUUUCCCAGUUGCAAAAAGUAUACACUUAACAAAGCAGCAAUAAAAUGUAAUCAUCGUAUUUGAGGAAAAUAUCUUGUUUUCUGACAGUGGAUUUUUUUUUUUUAAUUUUAGUCAGCAAAAUGUGUCUG